AUGUUCGUCACAGGACGGACUAAAGCUCAGCGCGGAAUCAUCGGGGUCGUUGUUAAUGGAGAUCCUCCACGUUUGCCAGAUGGCAGUAUAUACUCGGACGAUCUUCGACAAUUUAUUGCAAGGUGUCUAAUAAAGGAUGAUACAAGGCGUGAUAAUUAUGUCAAUUUACUUGCCUCUCCUUUUCUUCGUAGCGUGGAUCAUGAGAUGGGUCGCGAGGUGAUGCGUGAAUUUGUGUGCAAAAUCCUUGGUCCACCUCCAAAAUCAGCUUCCCUUGAAACGGCCACGCCCAAGCCACCAUUAUGA